AUGCUUUGUUUUUCCCUCCUACUAUUCCUAAUAUUCUCAAUAAUAUUCCGAAUCUCAUUAGCCAUCGAGUGUUUCAAUUGUGAAAGUGAUUUUCAUGGCGCCUUGAGGUGUCAAGCUCCGUGUUCUGGUGAGAGAUGUGUGGUUUGGAAGUGGAAUCAUCGGGCGGAGCUGAGGAUCAAACAGGGUUGUAUAUCAGGAGUCGACACAAAGUAUACGGCGAAAAUCGGGUGUCGGACGAAUCAUGUUGGAGCGAGUUUGUGUGUUUGCAAGUGAGUUAUGAAGCGAGAGAGUGAAAAUUAGCGUGUGCAUGCAGAAGAGACGCGAGACGAAAAAGGGAUAGACUCCCCCCACUUUUUUCGGUAAUUAAAAACAACUGACUGAUAUUUUUUAUGCUUAAAAAUCAGUUUAAUUUUUCAAAAAUAAAAACAUCUAUAAAUAAUUCAGGGAACAAAGUCUGUAAAGGACAACAUAAGUGCCAAAGAACCCUCACACUUUUGAUUUUCCAGCGAUUCCCCGCGAUGUAAUCGAAUUGAGCGAGCCGACAAACCCACCGAACUUCUGCCUCAAAUCCGCCUCCCAGCUGCAGAAUGUUCGAGCCGGAUUUCGAAUUCUCACGGUCCGCGCCGCGAGAAAAUCUGCACUUCAAACUAUUGCCACGUCACCAAAACCGAGACGAUUGUGGAUUUGGAGCAGGAGCAGAAGGAUUUUUCGGAAGUUUUGAAUUGCGGUGAUAUUUCGCGUGAGUUGAAAGUGCACUUUGUCAAAAUAAAAUUUUUUUUUAGAAUUUGAUUUCGAUGUGCGACUAAAGAACACCAUCGGGUUCCCAGGCCUCUAUCCAAAUGGUUGCUACCGUCUUCAAUUCGACAAAAAAGUCUCGCACACUGAUUGUUUUUGCUCCACAAAUCACUGUAAUGAGCAGAAAGCUGCGAUUGUUCCCGGACAUGUUAGAUGUUAUGUCGGAAAUAUGUUUCGAAAUACCAGCCAAGUUCAUGCAAAUGCGUUUUGCGACGGUGAUUUUUGUGUGAUUCAGAAGAGGGGGCAUGAAGUCUGGAAGGGGUGUAUUUCUGUGAAUGAGCGAGAUAGCUGGAGUCACUUGAAGGUUAGCUAUGAAUUUAGAAAAAAAUCUGGAAUUUAUGUUUCAGAUUGGUCACCGUCAGAUCUUGUCUACUGAACAAUGGAUCUGUAAUUCACACCUCUGUAAUUUUGAUCUGGAAAGGGUUAAGACAACGAACCGCGCUAGACAAAAAUCCAAAAAAAUCAGGAAUUCUUCUAA